AUGGCGAGCCAACAAAGUGAUCCUUCCUUCUCGAUUCAACCUCAUCCGGCCAAGUCGAAUGACCCCAACGCCACCACUGGCCAGGCGCCUACGGACGCCGCGAGUGGUACUGUACAGGCGAACCCUGGCCCACGCAUCCUUGAUACACAGACGGCUUCGCAGCUGGAGAAGCCUUUAUCCGAUGAAGAACUGCAAAAGCGCUCGGAAGAACUGAACAAGUAG